CCUUUGCUUUAUUCAUUUGUCAACAGCAAUACACCAUCAUUUCACACCCCACCAUAGAGAAUGAGACGCUCUUGAUUCCACCUGGCUUCACUCCCUUCCAGGAUCCUUUCUUCAUCGUUGAAACCAUUUGCAUCUGCUGGUUCUGUUUUGAACUUUUCGUACGUCUAAUCUGCGCCCCGAGUAAGAUACACUUCUUCAAAGACGUCAUGAACAUCAUCGACUUUUUUGCCAUCCUUCCCUAUUUCAUUACACUUGGGACAGAGCUAGCUAAGGACAAAGACAAAAGCACACAGCCCUCUGUGUCUCUGGCCCUCAUCAGGGUUAUCAGGUUGGUGAGGGUCUUUAGGAUCUUUAAGCUCUCUCGUCACUCCAAAGGUUUGCAGAUCCUGGGCCAGACCUUAAAGGCAAGCCUCAGGGAGCUUGCUUUGCUCAUCUUCUUCCUCUUCAUCGGCGUAAUACUUUUUUCCAGUGCUGUAUACUUUGCCGAGGUGGACAGACCUAACACAUCAUUCACCAGCAUCCCUGAGGCCUUCUGGUGGGCUGUGGUAUCUAUGACCACGGUUGGUUACGGAGAUAUGUACCCAGAGACAGUUGGUGGGAAAUUGGUGGGUUCCAUGUGUGCCAUAGCGGGCGUGCUAACUAUCUCCUUGCCCGUGCCAGUCAUAGUGUCCAACUUUAGCUACUUCUAUCACAGAGGGAUGGAGUGUGAAGAUACCACACAGUAUCAUCACGUCACUACGUUGCUGUGGGAAAAAGACAAAGAUGCUAAUAGUGAGGAGGAGAAUGAAGAUGGACUGGAUGUAUGGGGGCCGGAGUGCAUGGAUGAGUGUGUACCCCUGUACAGUCAGAACAGCAAAGGUAUACAACCUCCGCUGAAUGGCUCUCUGACAAUGACGGGACAUUGUACUGGACAGGUGACUGGUGAUGUAAUGGGAUUUACCUUCUACCUCAAAGAACCUCUGGUCACUCAAGUUUGACAGACUGUGAAAAGACAGAGUAUGCUGAUCGACAUGGAAGUUGUUUGUGCGUAGAAAAAAGUAAACUCCAAAAUGGAUGCGUUCUGAGUAUGGAGUCACGCAGAAAAAAAACAAAACCUUUCCAAAAAGACGUGGACUGAAGAACGCUACAACUGAGUCAAAGGUGCCUGAUGGGCAAUGUAACUUGUUAGUCCAUAGGACGACUGCACUAAUGAUUUUAUCAUUUAUUUUUUGGCACCUUUUUCAUUGGUCAAUUAGCCUUUUGGUAAAUAAAACAAAUAACAAGAAAUGUUUAGUGGUGUUUUCUUUAAUGUGUAUGUUUGUUGUAUUUUUAUGAUUUAAAUGUUGUGUAUAAAAACAUUUAUUGACCCAUGUUCAAAUGAAUAAUCUGGUCAAACAUGUAAAGUCCUAGCUUAGACCAAUUUUGAUGUAGGGCCCUUGCAUUACUUUUAUUCUCAUAGUCCAAAUGUUCCUAAAACUCCCAUUUCAGCUGUCAAGGUUGUGUCUCCAACGUUUAUAGUGAUAUUUGCAAAUGAAAAAUGCUUUUAACCCUUUGAUGCA